UAAUGUACCCAAACGCUAACCGUUACCUAACCGCGGAUAUCAUGAAUUAACAACAGAAGGCUGUCAACUAGAGUUCCUCCAUUCAAAGGAAAACAGAAAGGCCUCUUCUUUUUCUUUCCCCACCUCAGCUAAUUGAGUAAAUCGAAUGUCCAUGUGAUACAGACUUGUAUAUGAUUUGAUGAUUUUGACUUCAGCAUAGAUAUCCUUCUUCUGAAUAGUUCUCAGAAAAAAGAAAGUGUAAAGGAUGGCUUGCUUAGUCCAGCUCCCUCAACCCACCCCAUCUUCUCUGGGUCCACCCAAGGACCACCAUGCUGCAUUGCUUGGCCUUGUGUCGUGCUCAACAAUGGCCGAGCUCAAGCAAUACCAUUCCAAAUUUAUCCGACUUGGCCUUUCAUCUGACAAUGAUGCCAUGGGUCGAGUCAUCAAAUUCUGUGCAAUCUCCAAAUCCAGCGAUUUCGGCUAUGCCCUCAGAGUAUUUGAUAGGAUGCCCCACCCAGAUGCAUUCAUUUACAAUAUAGUCAUUAGAGGUUACUUGCAAUGCCAGUUAACCAGAAAUUGCAUUCUAUUGUACUCCCAAAUGCUAAGAGAAUCAGUUACACCCAACAGAUUUACCUUCCCUUCUGUUGUAAGAGCUUGUUGUGUUGACUAUGCUAUUGAAGAAGGUAAACAAGUCCACGCCCAUGUUUUGAAAUUUGGGUUUGGAUCAGACACUUGUUCCUUGAACAAUUUGAUUCAUAUGUAUGUGAAUUUUCAUUGUUUGGAGGAAGCAAGGCAAGUCUUUGAUAGGAUGCAUCAUCAGGAUAUUGUCUCCUGGACUACUAUGAUCAGUGGGUAUUCUCAAUGGGGAUGUGUUGAUGAAGCUUUAAAAGUUUUUGACAUAAUGCCCGAGAGGAAUUCUGUUUCUUGGAAUACCAUGAUAGCAGCUUAUGUCCAGAAUAACUAUUUUCAGGAGGCGUUCGCUCUUUUUGAUAGGAUGCAGUCGGAGAAAUUGGCACUGGAUAAAUAUGUGGCAGCAAGUAUGUUAUCAGCAUGUUCAGGAUUGGGAGCUCUAAGACAUGGGGAGUGGAUACAUGGUUAUAUCGAGAAGAGUGGCAUUGAAGUGGACUCAAAACUGGCUACGGCUAUUAUUGAUAUGUACUGCAAAUGUGGUUACUUAGAGAAGGCUUUUGAUUUCUUUAACGGGUUGGCCCACAAAGGGAUUUCCACUUGGAAUUCCAUGAUGGGAGCGCUGGCAUUGCAUGGGAAAGGAAUGGCUGCCAUUGAGCUUCUGAAGGAGAUGGAGAGAGAGGCAAUUGCCCCUGACUAUAUCACUUUUGUGAAUGUGCUUAGUGCAUGUGCUCAUUCAGGGUUAGUGGAAGAAGGGCGCCAUUACUUUCGUUACAUGACUGAAGUUCACCGCAUUGAGCCUAGAUCAGAGCAUUUUGGAUGCAUGGUAGAUUUAUUUGGAAGAGCUGGAUUGUUGGAGGAAGCCCGAAAGCUUAUCAAUGAGAUGCCAAUGAGUCCCGAUGCAAGUGUACUAGGCGCUCUCCUUGGUGCUUGCAGAAUCCAUGGAAACAUUGAGGUGGGAGAGAAAAUAGGGGAAAAGUUAAUUGAACUAGAGCCUUGUAAUAGUGGACGCUAUGUGCUAUUAGCCAAUGUAUAUGCCAAUGCUGGUAGAUGGCAAGAUGUAGCUAAUGUGAGGAAGUUGAUGAACGACAGGGGAGUAAAGAAAGCUCCUGGAAUUUCCAUGAUUGAAUUAGAAGGCGUUGUUUAUGAUUUUAUUGCAGGAGGAAGGGUUCAUCCUCAAGCGAAAGAGAUAUACACCAAAGUGGAUGAGAUGUUGGAACAUGUUAGAUAUGUUGGAUAUGUGCCUGACACGGAUGGAGUUUUGCAUGAUAUUGAUGAGGAGGAAAGUGAGAACCCUUUACACUACCAUAGCGAGAAACUUGCUAUUGCGCUUGGGCUGUUGAAGACUAAACCUGGGGAAACUCUUCGUAUCACAAAGAACUUGCGAGUGUGCAAGGACUGCCAUACGGUGAGCAAGCUCAUCUCAAAGAUUUAUGAUAGAGAAAUUAUUGUAAGGGAUAGGAAUCGGUUCCAUCAUUUUAAGGGGGGAGAGUGUUCUUGUGGUGAUUACUGGUAAUGGGCGGAGAUUGAUGUUUGUUGUGAUUUGUACAUGCUCUCCUUCCUACAUCCUGGUUCUUAUUUUUACCCUUUGUACAUGCUCUUUUAUUUAUUUAUUAUUAUUAUUAUUCUAUUUUUGACCUUUGUAUUUUGUAUUUUGUUUUUGUUUUUGUUUUUGUUUUUUUCUCGAAACAAUUUCGUAAUUUUACAGUUGCAUUAUCAUACC